AUGAUAUUUGGAAGAGAUUUGGUUCCUGAAAUGAGGAGGAGCGCAAUUAACAAAACCCGAACCUCAUCGCCGCCUUUACCUCCAGUCCCGUUUCCUUUUCCACUGCUGCAGAUGAUUCAUAACAUGGAGGGGAGGGAUCAGGUUUUUUUUACGAGGAAAAUAUUGGAGGGAUCUGACGUUGACGCGGGUCAGAAUCGAUUUUUUGUCCCAAAGAGUGAGGUGCUAUGGGGGGUCUUAUCAGAGGAGGAGAAGAGGGAGGUGGAAGGAGGAGGGGGCGUUGAAGUAAUGGUGGUAGAUCCGAGGGGUGGGAAGUACACUAUGAGGUUGAAGAAGUGGGUUAGUUUGAAUAAAGUAGUCCUGAAUUCUGGGUGGCGAAAGCUUGUGGAAGAUAACGGGCUGAAGGCAGAGGUGGAUUGUGUAGAGCUAUGGAGUUUUAGGGCGGAUUCGAAUCUGUGUUUUGCCUUGAAUGUCAAGAGAGAUGGAAGUCCAGUAAUUAAUCUACAUCUUGAGCAGUUAGAUGUGAAGACAGCAUUCCUUCAUGGUGACUUGGAGGAAGACCUUUACAUGAUUCAACCAGAAGGGUUCAUUGUUCAGGGACAAGAGAAUCUAGUCUGCAAACUGAGAAAGAGCUUGUAUGGCCUUAAACAAGCUCCUAGACAGUGGUACAAGAAGUUUGACAAUUUUAUGCAUAGAAUUGGGUUCAAGAGAUGUGAAGCUGACCAUUGUUGCUAUGUUAAGUCCUUUGACAACUCUUACAUCAUAUUACUGUUGUAUGUGGAUGAUAUGCUUAUUGUAGGGUCUGACAUUGAGAAGAUCAAUAAUCUGAAAAAGCAAUUGUCCAAACAGUUUGCAAUGAAGGAUUUGGGAGCUGCAAAGCAAAUCCUUGGUAUGAGAAUCAUUAGAGACAAGGCUAAUGGUACAUUGAAGCUUUCACAGUCAGAGUAUGUGAAGAAAGUUCUCAGCAGGUUCAACAUGAAUGAAGCUAAACCAGUGAGCACACCCUUGGGUAGUCAUUUCAAACUAAGCAAAGAACAGUCACCAAAGACAGAAGAAGAAAGGGACCAUAUGAGCAAGGUGCCUUAUGCCUCAGCUAUUGGCAGCUUGAUGUAUGCUAUGGUGUGUACAAGGCCAGACAUUGCACAUGCAGUGGGAGUUGUGAGCAGAUUCAUGAGUAGGCCUGGAAAGCAGCAUUGGGAGGCAGUCAAGUGGAUUUUAAGAUAUCUGAAGGGUUCAUUAGAUACAUGUCUUUGCUUCACAGGUGCAAGUUUGAAAUUGCAGGGUUAUGUAGAUGCUGAUUUUGCUGGUGAUAUUGAUAGUAGAAAGAGUACUACUGGGUUUGUUUUUACUCUAGGUGGUACAACUAUAUCAUGGGCUUCAAAUCUACAGAAGAUUGUUACUUUGUCUACCACAGAAGCUGAGUAUGUUGCAGCAACUGAAGCUGGAAAGGAGAUGAUUUGGCUACAUGGUUUCUUAGAUGAAUUGGGUAAGAAGCAGGAGAUGGGCAUUCUACACAGUGACAGUCAGAGUGCAAUUUUUCUUGCCAAAAAUUCGGCUUUUCAUUCAAAGUCGAAGCAUAUACAAACAAAAUACCACUUUAUCCGUUAUCUUGUUGAAGAUAAACUGGUAAUACUUGAGAAGAUUUGUGGAUCUAAGAACCCUGCAGACAUGUUGACUAAGGGUGUCACUAUUGAGAAAUUGAAGCUGUGCGCAGCUUCAAUUGGUCUUCUAGCUUGAGGACAAGAGGAUGAGUUGUAGGGAUGAGGGAUUGUUUCUUGGAGGAUAGCGGUUUGAUGUUGGUGAUUGGACUAGUCUCCAAGUGGGAGAUUUGUUGGGCUUUGUGGAGCCUAGUUUUGUUUGAUCCGGUUUGACGACCCGACCCGAAUAAUAUUGCAUGACUUUUUUAAUGGGAGAUUUAUUGAGGCCUGUUGGGCCCGUUUAGCCCAUUGUGGAACCACCUUUUGUAAUUAGGGUUUUUUAGUAUGGUAGGGUUGUCGUGCUAUAUAUAUAUAGAGAAUAUUGU